AUGUUUAUUAAGGACAGAUAUCUCAUUGGUUCCUUGUUAUUAUUUGGUCUGUUGACCAUUGUCAAUGGCCAAAUAUACACUUUCACGCCAUUCUAUGGAUCAACACAUUGUCAAGGUCAGCCCAAUGGUGUGGGCUUUGGUGCAAUCGAGUUCCAAUGCUCACUGAACUUCUCAAACGACGCUUCAUUCAUGAUCUACAACAUUUAUGGCACUAAUCAGUAUAACUUGUCGUAUGACUUGCAUCCUGGCUGCGAUGACUAUGUACACGAUCAGGUGUUUGACUUGGGCGAAUGCACCUAUUCACCUUGGGCAUACAGCGCCUACACCUUUACUCAAGUCGAAGUGUUCCAAGAUGUCAAGAUACCCUCGUCAUCCGUCGUAUUCCAAGCCACCAACAGUGACUGUUUGUCCGUACAAUCAUACUGGUAUGCCACCAAUGGCACUGUGAUCUCUGAUCGCGGUGACCCAUGGGGCACCACCGCAUACUACUGUCAGAAUGGACAACCAUUCCAACGUCGUUGCACGCCCAGUGCUCCAUGCCAGACUGGUCCCAUCACACUGGAUACCUGUACAUCUGACAACCCAUUCAUUGUGACUUGUUCGCAAUAA